CUAGAUACCAGUAGAUGAACCCAUAAUUCUUGAAUUAUUCGUGCUAAUUUCCAAAUCCUCACAUUAAAGUAAUGUGUUUUACAUGCAUCAACAUGUUUACUGGUGUGUUAUUUAUCUUUCAGUAACACCAUCAAAUGAAACUUCAAGUGGAACAAAUAAGCCUAAAACAACAACAACAGCAGCAACACCAACAAAAACAACAACAAAUAAAACAUCUCCCUUAGGACCUGGGGAAAUUGUUGGUAUCGUCAUUGGAGUACUGGUAUUAAUAGCCAUAGUGGGUGUUGUAGUGUGGUACGUGAAAAAGUCAAAAAACAAUGGAAAUAAUGGCUCAACUAACAAGUCAGGUCCAUUGGAAAUGGAUAAACCAGCAGGUGAUGGUAAUCGCACCAGUCCUGAAGCGUAGUUGUUUAGUUCAG